ACCAUUUCUCCUUUUAUUUUUACCCUUCCAAAAGAAACACACACCCAUUUCCAUUGGCCAUUGCCCAUUACAAAAAGUUGAAAACAACAAACAAAACCAAGACCAUCCAAAAUGAUAGAAGACCGCCGCGCCGGGCCUCCCCACGCCGCCAUCCUCGCCGCAGUAGUGGUCCUGGUGAUGGUGGUGCCCACAUUACUCGGCGACCAAGGCGAGGCCUUAACUGACUUCAUAGCGGAGCUGCUCAGCCCCGUGGGGCUGCUUCUCCUCCCCAUACUCCUCCUCCUCACCAUCCAGUUCCUUUCCUCCGACAGCGGAUCCUUCGUAGCCGGAAUAUUCUCCACGGGGGAACCCAACUCCAUCCACCGCGUCAGCGGAUCUCCGGUCGGCGUCGCCCUCUUUCUACUCCUCGUUCUCUUCCUUCUCUACAACAGAGUGUCCAUCUUCGGAGGCGAUGACGAUUCCGGAGACUGAGGCUUCGAUCCAAACCCUGCAUUCACACCUUGUAUCUCUGAUCUAUUUUUGUAUUAGUUUCUUUUUUAUGAUUAAUUUUUGGUUUAUUUAUUUGCUUUUUGGUGGGUAUUAUUUCCUUUACUUCUUACUACUAGUUUAUACGUACGGACGUAAAGGGGGCUCGUGUAUGAACAUGGGGAGGAAAGUAGGUGCUAAAUUACGAAUCUGGCCCUGGUGUUGACUUCUCGGAACUCGUGUUCCACGUUCCAUAACUCUGAUCUCCGAGGGCAGUUGUGUAUUCUCAUCGAUUUUGUCUGUAAAAAUGUAUUUUAUUUAUAUAUUUACUGUUAUUACAAAGCAAA